AAGAGACCCACACGCAGUUACAUCACAAUAUAGCAACUACACAGACUGUAAGGAUAUGAGUGGUAUAUACAAGCACCGCAUUUUUGCUUCUCAUCUUCUUUCUCUUCUCUUUUAGAUCCCGCCGGUGAGUUUUCAGAUCUGACCGGAAACAUGAUCUACCCGGAACCCAUUGACCACUUCGAUCGAUUACCAGACUCAAUUCUUCUAUUCAUCUUCAACAAGAUCGGCGAUGUUAAGGCUUUGGGUCGUUGCUCUGUGGUGUCUAGAAGGUUCAAUUCACUAGUUCCUGAAGUUGACAACGUUCUUGUUCGCGUUGAUUGUGUUAUCUCCGAUGAUGAAUCAUCUUCUCCGUCUUCUUCUUCUGGUUACUCUUCUGAUAAGUCCCGGCACCCCAUCUCUUCCCUUUUUCGUUUGGUCUUCUCUGGUUUACUCAAACCCUUUCAAUCUAUAACCCAAUUCAUUUCCAUUUCACCUCGACGUGCUGCCUCUUCUUCCGCUGCUGUCGUUGACGGUGAUGAUUUUGAGAAGAACUCCGUGACCCAUCACUCCCCUACUCAAGUUCUGAAGAACUUUAACGAGAUUAAGCUUCUCAGAAUCGAAUUGCCUAGUGGUGAGCUCGGGAUAGAUGAGGGGGUGUUGCUGAAAUGGAGAGCUGAUUUUGGAUCGACCCUCGAUAAUUGUAUUAUACUUGGUGCAUCUUCAGUGAUUCAACCUGUAACUAGUACCAGUGGUUGUAGUCUUCCGAAUAUUGAUGGAAAUGGGGAAAAUGAUAAUGGGAGCAUACCCGAUUCGUUUUACACGAAUGGGGGUUUGAAGCUGCGGGUGGUGUGGACGAUUAGUUCGUUAAUUGCAGCUUCCGCAAGGCACUAUCUGCUGCAGCCGAUAAUUGCGGAGCAUAAGACUCUGGAUAGUUUGGUUUUGACAGAUGCAGAUGGGCAAGGAGUGUUGUGUAUGAACAAAGAGCAACUGGAGGAGCUGAGGGUGAAGCCUCUCUCAGCUUCAUCGGCCUCCAAAAGGACUUUGGUUCCGGCAUUGAAUAUGCGGUUGUGGUAUGCCGCACAUUUGGAAUUACCUGAUGGAACAGUGCUCAAAGGGGCCACUUUGGUGGCAAUAAGGCCGAGUGAGCAGCCCAAGAAAGAGGUAGUUGGGGGAGAUGGGAAUUGGGUGGCAGCUGCAUUCAAGGAGCCUUAUGGGACAGCUGCUAGGAUGCUGGUGAAAAGAAGGACUUACUGUUUGGAGAUGAACUCAUUUUGAUUAUAGAAUUAAUGCUGUUUGGAUAGCGUUGUGGAUGCAUUUCCGAGGGAACGCCAAGAAGUUGGAUGAACUCAUACUUAAGCUGAGGAAAAGGUUAUGAGCCAGCAUUGCUUCUGGAGAUAAAAUAACAGUCAGUCAGUCAUAAGCUUUGGAUCAGCCAGUGUCACUUAGAAAGGAUGGAAUAUAGGCAUCUGCCUUUGUUUUAAUUUUGAGCAUAUGCUUCUUAAGAGUGCACAAAUUUCCCCUCGAAAAUGUUACGAGAGCUUUGUACCUUUGACUUUGUGAAUAUUGUAGUUAUGCAUAAUGUUAUGUGAUGACAUACAUGUACCUU